AUGAUCUUCAAUACCUUCCCCCCUUGCACCGGCCCCGUCAUUUUCCACCCUGGCCGCAACCCUGACCUCUCCGUGCCUCCCUACAACCUCUCCGACCACAUCCUGGGCCCCGCUCGUCGGCUGGAUAGUCAUGGCCCCACCCUCAACCAGAACGUACGGAUUGACCAGGCCAUCAACGAGCUUGCGAAGCGCUUCCAGCCCGUAUGGAUCACCCAAUCCCCGCUCAGCUGCCGGCUCUCGCCCAAAACCAAGGCGCUUAUUUGGAUGCGGUUCCUGGACGGAGCCGGCAGGACGAAAGGCGCGCUCAUGGUGAUGAUUGCGCUGAAUCUGCAUUUGUCGCAGCAGGUGCUGCCGGUGAUCACCAAUGCGAUCCUGACCUUGCUGCGAUACCUGGGGGCCAACAACGUGUAUGUGUCGGAGGAGACAAUCUGGAUGGGUGUGGACCGGAUCAAGCUGCUCUCGGAGUACCACAACCAGGCGCUGUUGGCCUUUGACAAUGCUGACCGGGCCCUUGACGGGCUCUCCAACCUGGGGGCGGACUCAGCGUGCGGGACCGACUGGUGGGAGGCCAAGACGCUACGGGAACAGUACGGCUUGCAGACCCCUCACCGCCCGACGACGCCCGCUCGCACGGCAAUCUUUGGGGCCAAGGAGUCGAAGGUCUUCCAGGCCCGCUUCCACAACGUACUCCCCGUGCCCGUGUAUUUGUGCUGGAACGACAUUGUCGCCCUGGCCCCAGCGCCCUUCCGGGGCCCAGAGGGACUCACCUUCCGCGCCGCCGACCGCCUCACUAACAAGUGUCCGUCCUCCGAGUGCCAGCUCUUUGCAAAAGACUUCUCAUUAGGCUUCAAUAAAUGCCUCCUCAUCCCUAAUGUUGCCGUCACCUACACCCGCAUCAUCUACUAUGCUGGCGGCGUUGUCCGCGGCUCCAAUUGCGACAACCCUCUCAGUAGAACUCGAUAG